AUGUUGAUGUGCUUCAAGCAAGUGAACCGCCUGAGCCGCCUGAACCUGGAGGAAGACAUGUCGGCCUUGUUGGAAAACAUUCAAGCGAGUUUCGGCUACAUCACCAUCCAGCCGGCCAUCUCGGGCAUUGGCACCUCCACCGCUGCAGCCACCACCAUCUCCGUGCCCAGCACCGAUGUGGUGAUCAGCGCUGCUUCGUUGUUCCUCAACGACGCCGCCAGCGCCAGCGGGCGGCAAAUCGUUUUCGCCGAGCAAACGACCUACACCCUGUCCUUUGACGCUGGGGUCAUUGAGAACUUGGCGGCCACCGACACCAACGCGGCCUUUUCGCUUCAAUUUACCACAGGCGACUUUACCUCGCCCACCUUGUUGUCGAUGUCACCGGUGGACGACGCGCCGAACGUCGCGACGACCUCCAGCAUCGUCUUCACCUUUACGGAGGACAUCCAGGUGAAUCCAAACACCCUCAUCACCUGGAGCAUCCAGGACGUCUACGCCCAGCAGUCGCCCUCCACCUAUUCAGCGCCCUGCAGUGACGUGCAGGUCACCGUCUCAGGUGCUUCGGCCACGAUUACGGUGGACUCGGCCAAUUUUCCCAUCCUUCCUUGUCAAAAGUAUCAAGUGGUCUAUGCAGCUCAAUGCUUCACUGACACCUCGCAGAACCUAAACUACGUUGCGGCCCUGCCAACAACGAGCUACUACGAUUGGUGGACCAGUUGUCUCACGGCCUACAGCCCGGCGAUCGGGACGUAUGGCGUGGCCAUUAACAGCGACAUCGUGCUGACCUUCUCCGAGCAGAUCCUGCGGGGCACCGGGAACAUCGUCUUCACUCCUCUGGGCGAAACGUCGCAGAACUACGAUGUCACGGACACCACACGAGUGCUGAUCGAUUCAUCGUUGACCCAGGCGGUUGCUGCGCGGAGAGGGCGGAGAGUCAAAGAGAUCGAUCCAGAAUCCGGGGGGAAUGCGAAUGCGUGA